GUUCCUCACAGCUUCCCUAGGCAAAAAAAAUACUAUUGAAAAUGAAAUCUUCUUUGCUACUUUCGCUAUGUGCUGCAGCGCUCGCAGGAGCUGUUACCCACCCUAAAGACCCUCAAAUCGUCCUACAGGACCAGCAACCAAACGUCGGCAUCAUUCCGCAGGAUGAGUACCUGAUUGAGCUGUCUCCCGGAGAGACACGGUACGUUACCGAAGAUCAGAAAUGGGAGUUGCGUCGGAAAGGCAUCAACUUCUUCGACGUUACAGAUACUCCCCAUCUAGGCGCACUAAACCGCGGGCUCGGAAUUAAAAGCGUCGCCUUCCCUUCCAAAACCGCGCAUAAUGAGGCUGUUGCGCCGAUGCUCAAGAAGCUUCAGAAAAAGAACAUGCGGAAACACUUGGAGAAGUUCACUUCCUUCCACACCCGAUACUACAAAUCGCAAUACGGGGCUCAGUCUUCUGCAUGGUUACUUGGCCAAGUCAACAACACGCUGGAAGAGGCUGGGGCCCUGGAACAUGGCGCAUAUGUGAAACCCUUUACCCACCCGUGGGGUCAGAGCUCGAUCAUCGCCACCAUACCAGGGAAGAGCAAGAAGACGGUUGUGAUUGGUGCACAUCAGGACAGCAUCAAUCUCUUCCUGCCGUCAAUACUUGCCGCCCCGGGUGCGGACGAUGAUGGUAGUGGGACUGUUACGAUCUUGGAAGCUCUGAGGGUUCUUCUCACGUCCGAGGACAUCAUCAAGGGCAGGGCAGAAAACACGGUGGAAUUCCACUGGUAUUCCGCGGAAGAAGGUGGCUUGCUCGGCUCACAGGCCAUUUUCCAGUCAUACGAGAGGGAUGGCAGGGAUGUCAAAGCUAUGCUGCAGCAGGACAUGACAGGUUACGUCCAGAAGACCAUUGAUGCGGGAGAACCCGAAUCUGUCGGAGUCAUCACCGACUACGUCGAUCCUAACCUGACCGAGUUCAUCAAGGAGGUUAUUACGGAGUACUGCGAGAUCCCAUAUAUUCUGACCAAGUGUGGAUAUGCGUGCUCCGAUCACGCCAGUGCUUCCAAAGCUGGAUACCCGUCUGCGUUUGUUAUUGAGAGUGACUUCAAGUAUUCCGACAACAAGAUCCAUACUACAGAGGACAAAAUUGAGUAUCUUAGUUUCGACCACAUGCUGCAGCAUGCUCGGUUGACCUUGGGAUUAGCUUACGAACUAGCAUUCGCGAAGUUCAAGUAGGCAGAAGCAUGCAGAGUUGAAUGAAAGUUUUUUUUGGCUUGGGUCGGACUGGAGUUAGAUCGGGCAGGAUAUAUACGAGAUGUAUGGUAUAUAGGAUACGCGCGUUUGAUGGAACCUUGUUGAAUGAGCCUGCAUCGGAC